AUGCCCAAAAAAAAUGGUUUCACAUUAAAUUACUACUCCCUUCGUAUUUUAAUGUAUGACGCCAUUGAUUUUUUUAUCAACGUUUGACCAUUCAUUUUAUUCAAAAAAGUUAUGUAAUUAUCAUUUAUUUUAUUAUCACUUGAUUUAUCAUCAAAUAUUCUUUAAGUAUGGCAUAAAUAUUUUUAUAUUUGCACAAAAAAUUUGAAUAAGACGAAUGGUCAAACGUUGUUCGAAAUGUCAACGGCGUUAUACAUUAAAAUACGGAGGGAAUAUGUUUUAAACACGUUGAAUAUAAUCACCGCAGCAACACGCGGAGUGCUGGCUAGUUAUAUGUGAGAUGGGUGGAUUAGAAAUUAAUGAUAUAAUAUAUAUUUACAAUUAAUUGAUGUAUGAGUAGACUAUUAUGUAGUAUGCUAUAUAUGAUAUUUUAAUUUUUAAAGCUAGUAGUUGACUAUAUUAUUACUUGUUCUUAUUGAUGUGUUUGUGUUAGCAUUUUAAGUUGGAAUCCCGAGCAGGGGUUGUAGGUGUGUGUGAACUAGCAUGCCAAUGGGCCAAGCAUGCCUUGGCCCAGGCUUCGGCCUAUGUCGUGGAGGACUCCUUUGCCAGCGACACGGAAGUUUCUGAUACCCAAGUCGUCGUGGACAUCCAAGCGGUGGCUGUGACCGAGCUCGACCUCUAUGGGUUGAUGGAGAGCAAGCUCCAAGACGUUGCUGUUGAUGUGGCCGGGAGCGAGGUCGAUGCCGUCGUUACCGUACGUGAGGAAGCUAUGGCCGUGGCUGAGAUGGAGUUCCAUGGCGCUGCAGUUGAUGUGACCGAGAGUGAGGUCCGCAUCGUCCUGGCCGUACGUGAUGAAGCGAUGGCGAUGGUUGUGGCUGUGCCCAAAAUGGAGCCCAAUGGUGCCGCAGUUGCUGUCACCGAGAGUGAGUUGGAUGCUGCCAUGGCUGUGGCCGAGAUGGAGCUCGAUGGUGCCACAGUUACUGUCGCCGAGAGCGAGCUUGAUGCCGCCGUGGAUGUGGUCGAGAUGGAACUCGAUGGUGCCGCAGUUACUGUACUUGAGAGCAAGCUUGAUUCCGUUGUGGCUGCAUACGAGGUAGUCGUGGACGUGGACGCGUUUAUUGAGCAAUCUCGAGCAUAUUUUCUACACAAUAUGCUUGAAAAAUGCUGUCAUUCUGAAAACAGAUGCAAUCGAUAUAAAUAG